GUUGACGCCGGCGGAGCAGCAGCCAUUGUCCGUGACCGAGGUUGAGAAUUGCAGUGCUCCUGGUCUGGCACCUGGUUGAUCAGUCCUUUGGGAUGGCAGCCAUCAACCCAUGGGCCUCCUGGGGUGCUUUUACAGACCAGUCUUGGAGGAUGGCAGCUAUUGACCCAUGGACCUCCUGGGUUCUAUGUCCUCAGGACCCUGCCUGGCAAGUGGAGGGAAGCCCUGAGGAGGGGAGGAGGGCCAUCAGGCUCCCAACAGCCCAGGUCCAGGAACCAGUGACCUUCAAGGAUGUGGCUGUGGACUUUACCCAAGAAGAGUGGGGGCAGCUGGACCUUGUUCAGAGGACCCUGUACCGUGAUGUGAUGCUGGAGACCUAUGGGCACCUGCUUUCUGUGGGGAAUCAGAUCACCAAGCCUGAGGUCAUCUCCCUGUUGGAACAAGGAGAAGAACCAUGGUCGGUGGAGCAAGCAUGUCCUCAAAGCACUUGUCCAGAAUGGAUGAGAAAUAUUGAAAGCAAAGCAUUGAUCCCAACACAGACCAUUUUUGAGGAAGAACAAUCCCCUGGCAUGAAGUUGGAAAGAUACAUAUGGGAUGAUCCUUGGAUUUCCAAGAUAGAAGUUUUGGGAUGUAAAGACCAGUUAGAAAUGUACCAUAUGAACCAGAGUACAGCUAUGAGACAAAUGGUCUUCAUGCAAAAGCAAGUACUAUCUCAAAGAAGCUCUGAAUUCUCUGAACUCGGGGCAGAAUGUAGCCAGAACUUAAACUUUAUUCCAUCUCACAGAGUUUCUCAAAUCGAACAUUUCUAUAAGCCUGAUACACAUGCUGAAAGUUGGAGAUGUAACUCAGCCAUAAUGUAUACAGAUAAGAUUACCUGUGAAAAUGAUUAUGACAAAGUCUUCUACCAGUCCAUUCAGCCUGUUCACCCUGCAAGAAUGCAAACUGGAGGUAAUCUUUUCAAAUGUACUGAUGCUGUUAAAUCUUUCAAUCAUAUAAUACAUUUUGGUGAUCAUAAAGGAAUGCAUACAGGAGAAAAACUCUAUCAAUAUAAGGAAUGCCAUCAGAUCUUUAACCAGAGCCCAUCAUUUAAUGAACACCCAAGACUUCAUAUUGGAGAAAACCAGUAUGAUUACAAAGAAUAUGAAAAUAUCUUUUAUUUCUCUUCCUUUAUGGAACACCAGAAAAUUGGCACUGUAGAGAAAGCAUAUAAAUACAAUGAAUGGGAUAAAGUCUUUGGGUAUGACUCAUUCCUUACUCAACAUGCAAGUGCUUACACUGCAGAGAAACCCUAUGAAUAUAAUGAAUGUGGUACAUCUUUCAUCUGGAGCUCUUAUCUUAUUCAACAUAAGAAGACUCAUACUGGAGAGAAACCCUAUGAAUGUGACAAAUGUGGAAAAGUUUUUAGGAAUCGUUCGGCCCUUACUAAACAUGAACGGACUCACACUGGAAUAAAACCAUAUGAAUGUAAUAAGUGUGGAAAAGCGUUCAGCUGGAAUUCUCAUCUUAUUGUUCAUAAGAGAAUUCAUACAGGAGAAAAACCUUAUGUGUGUAAUGAAUGUGGGAAAUCUUUCAACUGGAACUCCCAUCUUAUUGGACAUCAGAGAACUCAUACUGGAGAGAAACCCUUUGAAUGUACUGAAUGUGGGAAAUCUUUCAGCUGGAGCUCUCAUCUUAUUGCCCAUAUGAGAAUGCAUACUGGAGAGAAGCCCUUUAAAUGUGAUGAAUGUGAAAAAUCUUUUAGAGAUUACUCGGCCCUUAGUAAACAUGAACGAACUCACUCUGGAGCAAAACCAUAUAAAUGUACUGAAUGUGGAAAAUCCUUCAGCUGGAGCUCCCAUCUUAUUGCUCAUCAGAGAACUCACACAGGGGAGAAACCCUAUAACUGUCAGGAAUGUGGCAAAGCAUUCAGAGAACGCUCAGCCCUCACUAAACAUGAAAUAAUUCAUUCUGGAAUUAAGCCCUAUGAAUGUAAUAAAUGUGGAAAAUCCUGCAGCCAGAUGGCUCACCUUGUUAGGCAUCAAAGGACUCAUACUGGAGAAAAACCCUAUGAAUGCAAUAAAUGUGGAAAAUCCUUCAGUCAGAGCUGUCAUCUUGUUGCUCAUCGGAGAAUUCACACUGGUGAGAAACCCUAUAAGUGUAAUCAAUGUGAAAGGUCCUUUAACUGUAGCUCUCACCUUAUUGCUCACCGGAGAACUCAUACUGGAGAGAAACCAUACAGGUGUAAUGAAUGUGGGAAAGCAUUUAAUGAGAGUUCCUCUCUUAUUGUACACCUGAGAAACCAUACUGGAGAAAAGCCCUACAAAUGUAAUCAUUGUGAGAAAGCUUUCUGUAAGAAUUCUUCUCUUAUUAUUCAUCAGAGAAUGCAUAGUGGAGAGAAACGCUUUAUAUGCAGUGAAUGUGGAAAAGCCUUUAGUGGUCAUUCAGCCCUACUUCAACACCAGAGAAAUCACAAUGAAGAGAAACUGAAUUGAUGAGAGGUUUUUCUUCCAUUGUACAUUUGAUCAUACAUUGGAAAGAAAUCCAUGUAACAGUAAUGAAGAGGGGAAAUUUUUCAUUGAGAGUUCAGUGAGACUUCUCCCAUUAUUAUUUAAUAGAAUAUAUCUUAGAAGAUACCCUAUGAGUGAAAGGAAUAGGGAAAAGUUUUCAGCAUUCAUGUAGCCCUUAUUCUAUAUCAAAUAGUGACAGUGAAGAAAACCCUAAACUCCCCUCAUGGUCCACUAGGAAUUCAUACUUAAGGAACGUGACUGUGGGGAAUGAGACAUCUUUUAGCAAGGGCUUUCACUUACUUGGAGAUCAGUAUGAAUUGUUAAGGAAAAAACCUUUACACUGAGAAAAGUGUAUUGACUGAAAAUACACUGUUUUGCAUCAAGCUGGAGUAUUGGAUGGAAAGUUACACGGUAACAUUUUGUGUAUAACUAUAGAGUUUGCUAUUAUAAGAGAAGAAUGUAGGUGCCCUUUAAGGAAUAGGAUAUGAAUUACUAAAUCUGAAUUUAAAAUAAAAAUAGUAUUGAAUGUAUAUUUACUGUUGAUCAAGAUUAACCUUAGAACAGGUUAGUAAGUGAGAUUACUAAUGGUGGAAAAGUUAUCACCUAUAGGUAUGAGACUGGUUUUGGAACAAAAGAUGAUACUUAAUAAUCCAGUGUGUCAGUGUUUGUUGUUUAUUCACUGCAUUGUUGGGCAAUUAGUUUGUAAUUUGUUUUAGGCAAUUAUUAUAAAUUAUAAUUAUGGACACUGCAUCAGUACACAUUACAUGAAGGAAUAAAAGAACACAUAAUUGUAUAUACAUGUUGCUGUAACAUCUUCAAAAAAAAGAUAUAUGGAUAAGGAUCUGAAAGAUCUAUAGAGAAGUUAACCCAGUUAAUUUUUUUUAAGGUUUCACAAAUUCAUAUAGUACUCAUCAUGUGCUAGGCUUUGUUUAAAUGCUUUCUGGGUAUUAACUUGUUCAAUCCCCUUAACUCUCUGUGAUAGCCACUAUUAUUAUCCCAGUUUUAUAAUGGGGAAACUGAAGCAGAGGUGUUGAGAAACUUGGUCAAGGACCGAAGCUAGUAAGGAGUGGAGCUGAGAUUGUUUAGCUCCUGAGUUCAUGGUUUUAACCACUGUCAUGUGCUGCUUCUCCUGGGAUUUUUUUCCUAAUUUUUUUCCUUUUGUUCAGUGUUUUUAUAGUAUGGUUUGAUAAUAAAAAGAAACUCCUAAACAAUGA